AUGCCUCCCAAAAAGAGUGCGCCUAAGUCCGCUAAGGCUUCGACAGAAUCAAAGGAGACUGCUCCCCGAGUACGCGCCAGCACACGGAAAGUCGCCUCGACAAAGACAGAAACAUCGGUGAAAGAGACUGCAAAGUCAGCUCCGAAGCCAGCCGCCAAGUCAGCUGCGAAAACAACUGCGAAAACAACCGCGAAGUCAACGAAGCCAGCUGCGAAGCCAGCCGCCAAGUCAGCUGCUGCGAAACCAGCUGCCAAGUCAGCUACGAAGCCACGUAAAAUGGCCACUACUACUACCAAGAGUACCACGAUUACGAAGAAAAGGAAAGCAGACGAAGAUGAAGAAAAGCCACGCGAAAUUAAACGGUCCCGUGUCGCGAAACCGCGUCAGAAAACACCAAAGCCCAAGGUCGUCAUUAAUGAGGCCCCCACGACCAAGCUGAACGUUUUCGUCUGUGGUGAGGGUAGCUCUGGUGAGCUGGGCCUGGGCGCAGCUAAAAAUGUGAUCGAUGUGAAGCGCCCACGUCUGAAUAAGCUGCUGGCCCCUGACGAUGUCGGAGUCGUGCAGAUUGCCGUCGGUGGUAUGCACUGCCUCGCUCUGACCCAUAGCAACAGGAUCAUGUCCUGGGGCGUGAAUGACCAGGGUGCACUCGGCAGAGAGACUGCCUGGGAUGGCGGUUACAAAGAUAUUGAUGGGACAAGCGAUUCAGACUCCGACGACGAAGAUAGUGGACUGAACCCUCUCGAGUCCACUCCCGGAUUGAUUCCUUCCGAAUAUUUCGACGAGACCUGUGUGUUUGUUGAGGUCGCUGCGUCUGAUAGCGCAAGCUUCGCCCUGACCGAUGAUGGUCAGGUAUAUGGCUGGGGAACAUUCCGAAGCAAUGAUGGAAUUCUCGGAUUCGAUGCGGAAAAUCUCGUUCAAAAGACCCCGAAACUGAUCACCAACCUGAAGAAGGUCAAGCACUUGAUCUGUGGCGCCAAUCAUGUUCUUGCCCUGACCGAAGAAGGGCGUGUUUACUCGUGGGGCUCGGGACAACAGAAUCAACUUGGCCGUCGAAUUGUGGAACGUAACAGGUUGAAUGGUCUUCUACCUCGGGAGUUCGGUCUUCCCAAAGGCAUCGUUCAUAUCGGCACUGGGUCAUACCAUGCAUUCGCUGUCCACGCGAGUGGUAAAGUCUAUGCCUGGGGACUGAACAGCUUCGGCGCAACCGCCAUUCGUGAAGGCGCCGGCGAGGAUGAAGCCGCCAUUGUGCAUCCCAUGCCGGUCGACUCACUUAGCGGCCGAAAUAUCUCUCAGAUAUGCGGCGGUGCUCAUCAUUCGGUUGCCAUUGCGGGUGACGGUGAAUGCUUGGUAUGGGGUCGCUUGGAUGGUUUCCAAAGCGGUUUGAAGAUCGAUACGCUUUCUGACGAUGCUGUCAUCAAGGAUGAGCGCGGCCGUCCCCGUAUCCUGAUGGAACCCACCGCUAUCCCUGGACUGAAGGUUAAGAUGGUCGCAGCUGCAUCGGACCAUUCCCUUGCUAUCGACGUUGAUGGCCGUGCCUGGUCGUGGGGAUUCUCUGCCACAUACCAGACUGGACAAGGCACGCAGGAUGAUAUCGAGGUUGCCACGGUCAUUGACAACACUGCUACUCGCGGAAAGAAGUUGAACUGGGCGGGUGCUGGUGGCCAGUUCUCUGUAUUCACAGAGCCCACGACUGUCUAA